AUGAUUACUGUCAUGUCUAUAAGUAGCACUCCAAGCGAUGCCCAAUGCAGGACUACGUCUAAGAAAAAACAGCUUCACAAACGUCUGCGCGCUUGUCUUCCGCACUUUCACACGACAGAGACGGAAACAAGUGGACAUGAAGUGCAAGAAAUGGAGUUUGCCGUGAAGACACCGUCCUCACCUACAAGUAUGUCGACGCCCAGUCGCCGUCUAGACAUCGAUAGUACGAACCGUUCCUGGUCUGUCAAAGAGGAUGUGCCCUUCUUUUCGAUCAAGGCCAGCCAAUCCAAAAAGGGUGUCACAUACGGUCAAAACGGUACACUAAUGUCCUGCCGCUUUUGCAACAUUUUAGAGUCUGGCGACGAGGUUUUUCUAUACGAGGACGAAGAUGUAGUCGUCUUUCGACCCCUGGCCCCCGUGGUGUCAAGCCACAUCCUAGUGGUACCGCGUCGUCACAUUCGUAACGUGAACAAACUGACAUUGGAGGAUACGACGCUGCUACAUCGUAUGCGCGAGGUCGCUACAAUGGUGCUUCGGGAAAUGCCACGCCCUUCAGUGAUGCCAGAUCUUUUGAAGGCGGAGCGAGUUGAUGAUGCUGCAGAAGAUUGCACCGACGAGGAAGGUGCUGAAUCGGAUUACAAGUUUGCGUUCCACUCACCACCAUUCAACAGCAUUGACCAUGUCCACAUGCACGCGUUCCGCACGCGCGACGGACGUUUUGGCUGUGUCGGAUCUAUCAAGUACCGCACUGAAACUUGGUGGUGCCGCUCAUUCGACGAGGUCAUGACCCGUCUGGGUCUUAGAAACUGCAAGCAGCGUAAUAACGAGGAAAGAGUGGAGUCGAUCACGCAAAAGAAAGAGCACAGACGAAGGCAUCACGUCAGCCACCCACUCCGUGAUAGUACCAACGAAUCGAUGAUAUUGACGGCGGUCGAGAGUCUAGGCUAA